UGGACCUACUCAGAGCCCUACAAAGUCUGUCUCUGACUUUGCCGAGCCCUCUCAUCGGCAGCCCCUAAAGAGGACCUCAUGUCGGAUGAGGAGCAGAGAAGCUCAGAGGAGGAGGAUAGUGCUUCAAGAGACCCCAGCCUCACCCACAAGGUGGAAGGACAGUCCAGAGCCCUUGUCAUCGCACAGGAAGUGCUAUCUUCAGAGAAAGCAUACGUGGAGAUGCUCCAGCACUUACUUCUGGAUUUCCAUGGAGCUGUCAUGAGGGCCUUGGAUGACAUGGACCAUGAAGGCAGAGACAUAUUGGCCCGGGAGGAGCUGAGGCAGGGCCUGAGUGAACUCCCAGCCAUUUACGAACUUCACCAAGGCAUCCUGGAGGAGCUGGAGGAAAGGCUGUCAAAUUGGGAGAGCCAGCAGAAGGUAGCUGACGUCUUCCUGACCCGGGAGCAGGGGUUUGAUCACCACGCCACUCACAUCCUGCAGUUCGACAGGUACCUAGGUCUGCUCAGUGAGAAUUGCCUCCACUCUCCCCUGCUGGCAGCUGCUGUCCAUGAAUUUGAGCAGAAUGUGCAAGGAGGCGGCCAGACUGCAAAACAUCGGCUGCUGCAGGUGGUUCAGCACCUCUUUCAGUACCAACUGCUCCUCACAGACUAUUUAAACAACCUUUGCCCGGACUCUGCCGAGUACGACAGCACACAGGGUGCACUGAGCCUCAUCUCCAAAGUCACAGACCGUGCCAACGGCAGCAUGGAGCAAGGGGAAAACCUGCAGAAGCUGGUCCACAUUGAGCACAGCGUCCGGGGCCAAGGGGAUCUCCUCCAGCCAGAGUUUCUGAAGGAAGGAACGCUGAUGAAAGCAACAGGGAAAAACAGACGCCCCCGGCACCUAUUUCUGAUGAACGAUGUGCUCCUGUACACCUAUCCCCAGAAGGAAGGGAAGUACCGGCUGAAGAACACAUUGGCUGUGGCCAACAUGAAGGUCAGCCGCCCUGUGAUGGAGAAAGUGCCCUAUGCUCUAAAGAUCGAGACUUCUGAGUCCCGCCUGAUGCUGUCUGCGAGCUCCUGUGCAGAGACGGACGAGUGGUAUGGCUGUCUGAGCAGAGCUCUUCCUGAGGACUACAAGGCCCAGGCUCUGGCUGCGUUCCACCACAGCGUGGAGAUACGAGAGAGCCUGGGGGUUAGCCUCGGGGAGAGGCCUCCCACCCUGGUGCCUGUCACACAUGUCACGAUGUGCAUGAACUGCGGCUGUGACUUCUCCCUCACACUGCGGCGUCAUCACUGUCAUGCCUGUGGCAAGAUUGUGUGCCGGAACUGUUCACAGAACAAGUACCCGCUGAAGUACCUGAAGGACAGGAUGGCCAAGGUCUGUGACGGCUGCUUCGGGGAGCUGAAGAAGCGGGGCAGGGCUGUCCCAGGCCUGAUGAGACAGCGGCUUGUGAGCAUGAGUUUCCCACUCUCUGCACCCUGCUUCUCAGGCAGUGCCUUCUCAUCCGUCUUCCACAGCAUCAACCCCUCAACCUUCAAGAAGCAGAAGAAAGUCCCUUCAGCCCUGACAGAGGUGACUGCCUCUGGAGAGGGCUCUGCCAUCAGCGGCUAUCUCAGCCGGUGUAAGAGGGGCAAGCGGCACUGGAAGAAGCUCUGGUUUGUCAUCAAAGGCAAAGUUCUCUACACCUACAUGGCCAGUGAGGACAAAGUGGCCAUGGAGAGUAUGACUCUGCUAGGUUUCACCAUUGCUCCAGAAAAGGAAGAGAGCAGCAGCGAAGUAGGACCUAUUUUUCACCUUUACCACAAUAAAACCCUAUUUUAUAGCUUCAAAGCAGAAGAUACCAAUUCAGCUCAGAGGUGGAUUGAGGCCAUGGAAGAUGCGAGUGUGUUAUAGCAGUUAUCAAGCGUGUGGACUUGUAACAAAUUCUUAGGUCAAUAUGUGAAUGCUUCUAGAAGCUAAGCUGUGGCUCAACUCAUCCGGACACACACCUGGGUUCAGCAAUGAGGCCUGACCUUUUUUGCUAUAACCUCCCCACCACUCCCCUGCCCGCGCCAACAUCUUCAUGAGUGGUGCCCUUAAAGGAUAUUUAUGGACCUCUCCUUUUCUGUGUUUUCUGCCCCCCACCCCUACCCCCACCCCCACCCCCACCCGUCACCCGGUAGUAAACUAUCUCCUUACCCUGCA